GUGGCCCAAAAGGCCCAAACUUCCAUCAUAUCACUUGUGAUUUCGGACGCGAGCGGCGGCCGAGCGCGUCGACAGAGAUGGGUGGCGCCGCCGUGGCCUUGCUCGCCGCCACGCGCCGUCACCACCGCCCGCUCGCUUCCUUGCUCUCUCGCGCAGAGCGCGGGCUCCACGAUGCUUCGGUGGCGGCGGCGGAGGUGGAGGACAAGGCGGGGAUGCGGAGCCGCCGCCGGCGGAGCAGCAGCAGCCGCCUUCUUGGCCCGGACUUCCCCGAAACAUGGGGCCAGCCACCGCGUGCCGCGACGCGGACGCCGUCUCAGCGGGGAGCCGGAGCUAAUUAUGAUCGCACCGCAACCAUUAUCGAUGGCAAGUCCAUUGCGGAGGACAUAAGAUUACAUAUUGCCGAAGAAGUCCGUCAAAUGAAAAGUGCAGUUGGACAUGUGCCUGGUCUAGCUGUUGUAUUGGUUGGUGAUAGAAGAGAUUCUGAAUCCUAUGUGCGAUACAAAACAAAAGGUUGUGAGGAAGUUGGAAUAAAAUCUUUGUUGGCGAAGUUGCCUGGAAACUGUACGGAAGAUGAAGUGAUGGAUUCAGUGACAAGAUUUAAUGAAGAUCCAUCUGUUCAUGGCAUCCUAGUGCAGCUACCUCUACCACAACGUAUGGAUGAGGAAAGGAUUCUGAGCGCCAUCAGCUUAGAGAAGGAUGUUGAUGGUUUUCAUCCCUUGAAUGUCGGUAAUCUUGCUCUCAGAAGCCGAAAACCUUUGUUUGUGCCCUGUGCUGCAAAGGCUUGCGUUGAAUUAUUGCUCCAAUCUGGGAUUGAACUCAUGGGAAAGCAUGUGACUGUGAUUGGGAGAAGCAAAGUUGUCGGAUUGCCCACUUCCUUACUUUUACAGCGGCAUCAUGCCACUGUCAGUGUUAUCCAUGCCUUCACAACAAAUCCAGAGACAAUUACCCGUGAAUCUGAUAUUGUGAUAUCAGCUGCUGGAGUGGCCAAUCUUGUAAGAGGAAGCUGGUUAAAGCAAGGUGCAAUUGUGAUUGACGUUGGGACAAAUCCAAUCGAGGAUUCAACCAGUGAUUACGGUUAUCGCCUUACUGGAGAUGUCUGCUUCGAAGAAGCAGUGAAGGUGGCCUCUGCUAUAACUCCAGUUCCAGGUGGAGUAGGACCGGUGACGAUUGCGAUGCUUCUUGCCAACACACUUGAUUCGGCAAAACGGGUUUAUGGCUUGAGUGACUGAACCCCCUGAAAUGUAACCUUGUUAUGCUUGACCUUUGUAAAUUACUUUUUUUUUCUUUUCCUCUUUCUGUCUCUCUUUUAGCUGUAUGAGAGCUGGGAUGUGACAUAUUUUUGAUCAAAAAAUAUUUGUAUGCUUAGCAAUGUACACGCUUUCAAUAAAUAUCUUUUGUUUGGAGACCA